AUGCAGAAAGACCCGCAUGAGCACACAGAGGAUCUCCAGGACUUCGAAGUUCUGGCCAAGUACAAUGCGCAGAGUCUGUGGGCAUGUGCGAAAAAGUACACCGCAGGUACGCAAGACAUCUAUUUGGAAGAAUUGGUGAAGGAAGUGGCUGGUGCCGCGCCAAGAGGAGCUGUCGAGAACAACAACUCUGAUGCUUUGGAUCAGAAGAAGAAUCCCCAGGACGGCGACGAGGAUGACGAUGACAUUCACAUCCCAGAGCACCUGAAAGACAGAGCAAAAGCAGGAAACGAGACAAAGGCGAGCCAGCGACGACUGAGUGACGCCGUACCAGGAGCAACAGCUUACGUGGUAAAGAGCGCCGAGGCAGCCACGAAGAAGCAUCAGAAGGAGCAUUCUGAGAAGCUCCGAAGUGGUCUCAAUCGCGUGACGAAGUUUUUGAAACAGUGCUCAGGCAAACUCCAGAAACGAACCACAGCAGAGGAACGAAAAAGAGAAGAAGAAGCAAUAAAAGAUUAUGGCAUUGCUGUUGAUCUAAGUAGUUGGUUUUUACUGCAUUUCGAUUUUUAGUCUAUCAUUGUUGUCGUAGUACUAUGUUUUUUACUUCUACUUCGCUCUUGUAGUUCUAGUUACUUGGAAAAUCGCUCGACAUUGAAGAUGUUCGAUGUAUUUCAUUGCUAUUUGCAAGGAGCAACUACCUUCGAGUUCUUCCUUUUUACCUAAGCAGGCUAAGAGUUCUUCACAUUUUGUUCUGAACUAUUCUACAAUGAUCUCAAUCUGUUUCUAAUAGGAAGCCGAUGACGAGAAGAAGGAGGAGCUGAUGGAGGAGAAAAAAAGGAGAGAGGCGGAAGAGAAGCUUGGAUGCCUGUACUGGACAGAGCAGAAUUUCAACGCCCAACGAGCGAAGAAACGUGCUCAGAGUCGCAGAUCCGGAUCCCCCAACAAGCUCAAGGCUCUGCUCAACGGCUCAAGCAAAAACAACACGUUAGAUAACUUGAACGUGGACAGCGACGAUGAAGAUGACGACGACGAGGAAGCCGGCUACGGAUACGGUGGUGGUAGCCCUAAGGAUUCAUCUGGUAACGCAGUACAACGCAAGAGCAACUACCAGUUGUACUACGAAGCUUCUCAGUGCGAGCAUCGCUAUAUUUACGGGUUUCCACCAAAUUUCAUCCCCCAGUACUAAACCAUCCUUGGUUCUUUUCCUACUAGAAAAGAAGCCUAGAAAAGAAGCCCUGUGGAAUGUAAUUCCGUAGCCUCUAAUGUAUGGGAUGCGAUCCGAAGAAGGUGGUGGAGUAUACCAAGGGUAUGAAAAACAUGCAAGCGAAGCACGACAUGCUCACGAAGCAACUAGACGAGGCCAUUGCCGCCGAUGACAAAGAAGCUGAAGCGAAACUACAGGGGGAAAUAACAUUAAGGCCAAUAAUAUCUUAUCUACUUCUUGCACUACUUGAUGCUUCACCUCCUUGUUACAUUUCAUGUUCGUCUCGUCAUCUGCUGAGAUCAAAUGGAUAGAAUACUAGAUGCACAGGAGAGAACCAACGAAAUGCAUCCAUUGUUACAACUAAUGAAAGCGCCUACAAUCUAAACAAUACGUUCAUUGUUACAACUACCUACAAUCUACAGAGAACGAUAUUACAUCCACUGUUACAACUCUAACCAAAGCCCUCCUCGCCAAAUUUCCAUCGCCGCCAACACCAGACGAUCAAAUGUUCCACGAGCACUACAAACCGUGGUGGCUGACUGGCGUAGCAGUGAACCACCCCACGAGACAGGUUCCGGAUCCAGUAACCGGGAAUUAUGCUCGCAUUUACAUUUAGAUUUACUGCCUUUGUUCACUUGCAUUUACUUCCUGCAUUGGCAUUUACUGCCUUUGUUCACUUGCAUUUACUUCCUUAUAAAGGAACUGCUCAUGCAUAUCAUUUUCGAACCUCCUCAUCUAAGCAUAGUCUGAAUGUUUAGAGGUUCGAAAGUGAACAAACAUUCAUCAGACUAUGCAUGAGCAGUGGCUGUAAUGUAGUUGCAGUUGUCCUUUCAUCUUCAGCACCUCUUCAUUCAGCAGUUGUAUAUUUGUAGUUCUUGUUCUGCCUCUAAUCUUUGCGAAAGCAUGUGAUCGAUCCUGCGGGAGUGAGCAGAAUUCACAAUCGCCACUUAAUCGCGGAAGAAGAUCCCCUGUACGCCUUGUUCCAGACGCUGUUCUUUCCGGACAUUUUUGUUAUGGCACGCUCCAAAUUAAUAUCGGGCCCUUCCUCGGAUUCGGAAGAGAAGCUUGAUAUUAUUAGAUAGUCCCGUCGACAGUUUCGGAAUACUGAUCUGGGCAACAUUCCGCUCCAUCAUGUUAGUUCAAUUUUUUGAUCACAAACGGUCAGCACUAGCUAGUACACGUACACCUAGGUGUACCUCGUCCACGUUUUGCGAGUCUAGCUAAACAAGUUGUAGAAAGAACAAUUGUUGCAUUUUUGUCCCGAGAAGGAGUGCUUUCGCAAGUCACUGAAUGGUUCCGGUAUUUGGUAACCUGAAUUUGAUCACAAGGGAAAACAAGAAGAGAACCCUUAGGUGCCCAGCAUCGCAAAUCGCUCUAAUUCGUAGUCUAGCCGGGAGGUGCAGCGAAGUGAGUGGACUGCAGAACGUAAGGAGUUGGUGAUGGAGUUGGUCGAGCACAUGUACGAGGUGACGUGGAAAGAAACCUUGCUCUCCGAGCUACGAGAAAAAGCGCGCUUUUGCAUUGCGCAGCGCAGUGUGGAAGGCUAUUUCAACAUGCUAAAUCAGCGUCCGGUGCUCUCGGUCUUGAAGACGACGGACAAGCCAAGAAAAUUUGGUGUGGAUGAUGACGAGGAGGAAGAGAAAAAAACAGAGGAGGAACGCCAAGAAGAAGUGAAGAGAGCGAGAAAGGAAAGGGAAAUGGUACUAUUUUUCUUUUUAUCUUCAGGGGCUCUUCCUACGUGCAGAUGCUCUAGUACUGUACGUGCAGUAAGAUCUGAUCUCUCAAAAUAAUCAGGGACCACAACAACUGACAUCAACUUUUAGACCACAUCUUUGAAGAUGCUAUCAACAUCUUUCUAGAAGUUGUGCUUGAAAAGCACCUACAGCGACACCGGAGAAAGCAGUAGUUCCUGAUCGCUCUCGUAGAAGCUGCAAGUUAUUGAAAUUUAGAUACAUAGAACCACUAAGCGACUGUUUUUGUCAAAAACAAACAGGCUCUCCGUGAGCGUCGUGACCCUAGGAUAGCGAAGGCACCGACAAACGAGCAGAUUGGCCUUCGAGUUAUGGCCCUCUAUAGUGAUGGUCUCAAGCCAGACCAAAAGGGCGUCGAGGACAACUACUACGCAGUCGUCCUAGAUGAGCACGGACGCUGCCUCGAACGCAAGAUUCUCACCUUCUACAAAGGAUCAUCAAAGACUAUGGUACUCGCUUAUACUUUAGUCUUUCAAGUACAAGAAAGAAGAUACUUCUGCAAAGACCACCUCCAUUGUGAUGCUUUGAGCAAUUUUUACAUAGUUACGACCAAUCACGCGACCUCCAACAGGAGCAUCCUCAUCUCUUUCAGUCUUCACAUCAUCUCCAUCCUCCUCAUCCCUACAACUACAGGGUAGCGAAAUGCAAUUGUCGAACUUGCCGACUGGCUACGCUGAGUUUGCAGCUUUGGUGAGACAUUAUCUCCCUACUUCCAUCAUGCUUGGAAGCGCUCUGUUAAGGGACGUUGUUAAGCGAAGGAGACACUUCGAGUUCAUCCUCGAGAAAAUGCGCAACACCACAGACGGACUGAACGAACAGACGUCAGGCCUUGGUGGUACAGCGAUUGAUAUGACCAUUCCGAUUACCUACUACAAGGACAAAAACGGGAACGAUGACAUGAACCAACAAAAACAGGGAGAUGGGUGGGUUUCCAUCCAAGCAGAAUGUUAUGACAAGCUGCUUACUGUUACUUGCUGAAGAUAAGUGAUAUUCCAGUUAGUUUGCCUCGUUGUUUCGGAUCUUCUUAGGUUAGUGGUCCUCCCCAUCCACUGAUAAGUGAUUAUGAUAAUUCAUUAAAAGAUGGUGUCGCCGUAACUUCUCUGUAAUAAUGUCUCUUAGGUGGUUAAUAUGUUGAAUUCCAUAACGAUAACUUCUCUGUAAUAAUGUCUCUUAGGUGGUUAAUAUGUUCAACCGCGGGAGGGACACACACGUGACUUCUGCUGCAAGAGGUAUUCACAAUAUCAGUGUGUAGUGAAUGUAAACCCUCUAGAGUUACAUUGUCGACAGACAACUACUCACAUUUGCAAACAGAAUUUCAUAUUCCUCUUCGUCACUCAUCUACUUCGUUUUUCUCCUUCUAAUAGCCGGAUUAUCAAGCGAGUUGUUACAUGCCAAAAUGGUUGGAUGGUCAAGGGUGGGUUUAUUUCUACGAACAGAGCGGCAUGGUCACGAUUGAUUCGCAAAAAGAGCACCUCCUCAACAAGCAAGCCCCGAUCAGGAAAGAUCCAGAUGGCAAAUGGGUAGAUGAGGACCCCAAUGAUCCUAGUAAGGAAUGGGGUUGGAUCAACCCAGAAUGGACCGAGAAAAGAAAAUUGGAUAAGGAGAGAAGAGCUGGAAAGGUAUUCUAGUAUCGUCUAGGCUGGCCUAGGACACGGAUAUCCAUCAUCGUAUCAUCGUGGUCUUCAUACACUUAGACUUAAUAAUCCACGAGUCUAUGAUCCCGAUCCAACCUUCUAAGUAGAACAAUCAACAUGGAUUUGAGUAUCCUGGUAACUACUUCUACCGAGGACCUAACAUUUUCAACAUCAACCAAAAAUUCGAAUUCCUACAAAAUAAAUCAGUUGAGCGCGGAGAUGUUCGCCACGAAGGGAGGUGACGAUGACAGACUCUUUUUCCAAAAGAAUUUGGGAUGUCACCGCGAGUGGCAACCUGCCAUCAAGAUUUCCGAUUUGCGAGUUCCGGACCUCUGCGGUCGCGAUUCUAAACGCCUUAGAAAUACUGCGCCACACUUGGAUGCUGACGGCAUAAGUCUCGAAUCCCAGAUGCCUCCACCGUUUAAGAUCGCUAUGUCGAUGGCACGAUAUUCGCAAGAACCGUUGGCUGAGAUCUUGAACCUCUGGCACGAAGAUGUGCGAUACAACAUGCUGUUGGAGGUACAAGAACAUGCGUGACAGCACGACUUGUGAAGUUCUGUGAAGAAGUUGUUCUACUUUGUUGAUAACAACAUUGUCAAUUUCAUCUUAUUCAUCUCUCGUUCAUCUUUGAUAACAUUUUUGUCAAGUACUACUGCUGUCCAUAAGAAGUUCUUUGUUGAUAACAUUGUCAAUUUCAUCUUAUUCAUCUGCAGUUCUUUCAUAACAUUGUCAAGUACUACUGCUGUUCAUCUUAUUCAUCUACUGCAUAUUCACUCAACGACAACACAGAUUUCUUUGAUUUAGUGGAAGAUCACAUCCUCACCGUCACCUCUUUGGCUGAGUAAGGAGUACUCGAAAAGCAAAACUUCCAUGAUAAUUUUUCCUGCACCACCUCCCUAACUACCCGCCUAACAUCAAACCAGAUUGGCGUAACGCCUUAUCAAGCACUCGCUGAUAAGGAGAAGAUCGUGUCCGAACUCUCCUCCCGCAUUGUAGACCUUGUGGCCAGUCUUGGUGUCUGCUUGACGCGCGUAAAACGGUGUCCAAAUUUGACAUCGAUGGUACAGUUUCUUCCCGGCCUCGGACCUCGAAAAGCCAAGGUCUUAUUAGACUACCUGCCGAGUUUUGGUGUGCAACGAGGCAGGGACGGAGCAGGAGGCUUCGCUUUGCUCGAAGAAAUUAUGGGCAGGCUGUUUCCGGAGGAAGAAGACGUUUUGUCCGUGUACUACAUGUACAGGCGCGACAACGAGGAGGACUUCAGCGCGAUGCAAGAGAACCUCGCGAAAAAGCAGAAUAUGGUCAAAGCGUGGCAGAAAUUUAUGCCCUACACCGGAGAAGGUUGGGGCCCGCUUUUCCGACUGAUGGAGCCAAAGCUGGCCAUCGAGAGGAGACAAAGGCGAGUCGCGAGGCAUAUGCGCGCUGCCGAAGCAUCCAGGCAGGAGGAAAUUGGCUUGAUGUCUUUAUGGAUCGAUACUUUUACUUUUUCGAGUUGAAGAUUCGGAACAACAAUUUCGUUCAUUGAUGAAGUGUCUGCUCAGCCAAAAAUCACUUUGAUACUCACAACCUAGAAGCAGAGCUACCAAAACACAAGAAGUUCCAAAACACAAGUUCUUCUAGGUCUAGUUCACCGCUCCUACAACUUUUCUUCCCUCAAAAAGAUACCACCUUCUAACCUCUGGCCACGGCACGAUGGGAGGCAUGACGCCUGCAGUCGUGAAUAUGGAUAACGAAAUCGACUACCUUGAAGAACACGAACAGCCUUUCUGCAAUAACGCUUAUUAUCCUCACGACGAAUGGGCCUUAGACCACGUUGGUGUGGGAGCGAUGUACGGAGAUCAAGGAUUGAUUUUAAGGGGAGUCGUGACUUCUGUUGAAAAUUUUUGAAAACAAAAAUGUUCAUUUUUAGGCAACUGAUUCAGUUUCAGGCAACAGAUCCAUAGCAUUUAACCUAACCAACAUUCAUCUGUUUCAAUUUGUUUCUUGGGCUCAAUUACAACAUCUCCUAGUUCAACUUCAAUCAUUCUUGGUAGAUGAACUAGAAGAUGUUGUUGAAUUAUGGAAACAAAACCAACAAGGUCGUACUAGCUCUAAAGUGACAGAACAUACGCGCAGCAUGGAAUGACCAAGUGAAUGUGCGGUUCAACAUGAACGUCGUCGACUGGUACCAGCGAGAGUUCGCGAUGAUCUCUCACAAUGAUCCGAAUGCGUAUACACUGCUCAGCGACGAUCCCCACGAAAUGGAGUUGAAGAGAGGCAGCUCCUCUGUCGCACAUUUGAUGGGAACAGACCCUGAGGUGAUGAACCAGAAACUUCCGAAGUCGCAUGCGCAACGAUUGCUGCGACGUAUGGGGAGCGCUUCCUGCGUGUGGGCCAAUCUCAAGCACUUCAUCCGUGUGGAUAAUGCGCAAACUGGCUUUCAGCGGUUACACGGAAUGGCGGGAAUCUGUGAGGAACUGUUGGUGGUGGUGCAGAUCUUCUGCGCCAUGUACUGCGCGACUCACUUGCCUCCAGGCUUGAAGGUUCGAUUCAACAAGGAAGAAACGGACUGGAUCUCAGUCGCGUUGGACAAUUACGACUGGUAAAGUAAAAAAUAGUGUACUAGUAACGUUGAUGUCGUUGUAUGUGGACGUGGAGCAGUAGUAAGUUCUUAAGUAGUAGAUGUUAGUAUAUCCUGGCAGAAGAUCAUCAAGUAAAAUCAAGAUUUUUACUUGGCUGUGCCAGAGUUUGCAUCCAUAUCAAGACCAUAAUAUUAUUAGUCUGCUCCACCAAAUUCCUUCUUCCUGCAUGCAUAGUAUCCACCUUGUAGUUCCUACAUGAUCCACGACAAAAAUUACAUGCUCGUCGUCUCUCUCAUCCUCUUCCUCUAAUCCCUUGCAGCGUAUUUCAACCUUAAAGGGUGGACAGGGUCCGACAAGGUGAUCAACGUCGACAUGAAGGACGCAUGUGAUGUGAAGAACGUCUUCUUCUGGGAUAUGGAUGGGCAGAAAGACUCCACCACAAAAAAGGUGCAGGUUUGGCUGCGAGAUUAUGUGGUGCCAAGACUAAAAGCGGGAGGAUUCAUCGACAGGAGAGCACCUUACAAAGGUACAACUAAUUGAAAUUGUACUUAGUAGACUAGCUACCUUCUUCUACUACUCGAUAUAAUAUGCCUGCUCAAUGCGAAUGGGAAGGGUAAGAGAGUAAUCGUUUCUCAAACAUGAUUUCGUGUCUUGCAACCAACCUCAAGGUCUCACCAAGCGUGAAUAUUUCGAUCUAGUGCCUAAUGUGACUGGAAGUUUGAACGUUGGCCAAGUAGUUGCCGCUCGGGUGGACGAGAGCGCGCACGAUAGAAAAAUCAAGCAGAAAAAGAAAGACGAGGGAGCCGAAAGUGAUGUUAAGGCUUCGGCUUGUUUUUUAGUCGUUGUUAACCUCCUGUUGAACAAAUAUAUUUGAAUUUAGCCAGGUUUCCCCAAUCAUCAUCCUAGGUUAGUUCCUCCAAAAAUCCACAUUUAUUCGAAUUUCGCGAGUUUUGGUCUUCCUCGGUAGUUCACAUCAACAUUAAUUAUUGUAUUCGAAUAUUUUUAUUCUACAAUAGAUACACUCACAUCUUCUUCUGCAAAUAGAAGUUAUUUCUUCAAGUAGUACAAUCUUCCUGUUUUAUGGAUAUCGGAGUCGUAUUACUUAAUAGAGAUUAAUGGAUUCCAUUCUUGCAAGUGACAUUUGUUUCCUCCAGUCCUCUUUCUAAUCUCAAGGAGGAAGAAAGCAAGGGUUUAAAACAGAUCUACGACUUGGUUAUCCUGGACUCCGAAAACAGCAGAGCGGUGAAAGGUCUCUUGCUUCCAUUUGACCCGCACCAGCACUACGCCUACAAACCGGGAGACAAAGUAAAGGUGAUGGUGCAGAAAACCAGUUACGUUUCUCCGGGAUCGUACGUCGCGUCUCUCCGACAUGAUCGCGGUCAAGAACCAUUCGACGGACACGACAAGGCGUACCUACAACUGCGAUCUUGUUUUCUGUUGUUCAUAACGCUCCGACUGCCGGGCUGACUCAUCUCGUGUUUUAUCAUCAUUAACUCAUCUCGUUUUUUAUCAUCAUUACUAGCUGCAACUACAUGUUGUAGUUGUACAGAGUUCCUCCAGCAGAAGUAGAAGAUGAUUGAUGUUCGCCUCCACAAGAUAAAAAUUGUCUCAACCCCAUCACCAACACCAACAGGAACAUGCCUUUUGUCGUAUGUGCUGAUUACUAUGACCGGUUAAGCUUGAAGCCGCGAAAGUAUCACAUACCCCUGGUGGACUACGCAAGAGACGGUAGACACGUGUGUCCAAUCUAUCUAGGAGCCACAGAACCACGAAAGGAGUGGGGAAAGUCAACCCAUAUUCUCACACGAGAAGAGGCAAGGCUAAACGCCGACGUCGCGGCAAGAGACAUCAACGUCAAAAGACAGGUAUUGUAGAUUUUGUAGUACUUGUUCUUCUAAAAAUGUUGCUCCUCUCACUGCUACAUAGAAGUUAGUACGAAGAGAUAUUUAUUAGUAUCUUCAGUAGACUCCCCGGGCCCGGGUGCCCCGGGAGACGUUAAGGAAGGGAAAAGGAUACUUUAGGGACGUGGGCAGGGGUGAAUGGUUUCACAAGGUGAAACGGGCGCCCGGAGGGCGCGCACUCCCCUCCGCGCUGCGGCAAAGGGGAGCGGGAGCGCGCAGGCUUUAAAUACAAGAGGAAGGUGGCAGUACUGCCACCGGUCCCCCUUGAAAAUGUGGCAGCAUGAAAGGCCUUCAGUGUUUCCUUUAAAGGCGUCUUAGGGGUCCUUUAGUGUUUACAUUAAAGGCGAGGGGUCCUCCAGUGUUUACAUUGCAGGCGCCUUAAGGGUCCUUUGGUGUUCACAUUAAAGGGGAAGGGAGUCCCUUAGCAUUCACAUUAGUGGCGUCUCCGGGGUCCUCUAGUGUUCACAUUAAAGGCGAAGGGCGUUCGGGGGUUUUUCGUAUUAUAUAAAUAGUCGCUGUUUGUUGCUGUUUGUUGCUGUUUGCUGAUGUUUUGUUGCUGAUGUUUUGUUGCUGCUGUUUUGCCUCUGUUGCUUUGUUGCUGCUGCUUUGUUGUCGCUGCUGUUGUUCCGCUGCUGUUGUUUUGUUGCUGUCGUUGUUGCUCUUGUUGUUGCUCUUGUUGUUGCUCUUGUUGUUGCUCUUGUUGUUGCUCUUGUUGUUGCUCUUGUUGUUGCUCUUGUUGUUGCUCUUGUUGUUGCUGCUGUUGUUGUUGCUGCUGUUGUUGCUGCUGUUGUUGUUGUUCUUGUUGUCCUUGCUGUCUUUGUUGUUCUUGCUGUUGUUGUUGUUGUUCUUGCUGUUGUUGUUGUUGUUGUUGUUCUUGCUGUUGUUGUUGUUGUUCUUGCUGUUGUUCUUGCUGUUGUUCUUGCCGUUGUUCUUGCUGUUGUUCUUGCUGUUGUUCUUGCUGUUGUUCUUGCUGUUGUUCUUGCUGUUGUUCUUGCUGCUGUUCUUGCUGUUGUUCUUGCUGUUGUUCUUGCUGUUGUUCUUGCUGUUGUUCUUGCUGUUGUUCUUGCUGUUGUUGAUGUCCUUGCCCUUCCUCAAGGCCACCUGCUGCCCACAUGAAAGGCCUUCAGUGUUUACUUUAAAGGUGUCUUAGGGGUCCUUUAGUGUUUACAUUAAGGGCGCCUUAGGGGUCCUUUAGUGUUCACAUUAAAGGCGCCUUAUGGGUCCUUUAGUGUUCACACUAAAGGGGAGGGGAAUCCUUUAGCAUUCACAUUAAAGGCGUCUUAGGGGUCCUUUAGUGUUCACAUUAAAGGCGGGGAGCGUUCGGGGAUUUUUAAUAGUAUUUAAAUAGAGUAUUUUGCGAGUCUAUUUUAUUCCAACAAUUAUUUAUGUUACCACAACGAACCACCUCAGGAAGUGAACCCGAAGUAUGGAAAGGCUGGUGCUCGAUUACCCGCCAUCAUCCCCUUCAACCCUGAGGGACGCUCGGAGCGCGAAAAAGCCAUCGAACUACGACAUAGAGCACUCCUCAACCGAGGCAUUCCUUUGCAGGUAGCAAACGGUGGCCAGCAUGCUGGCGUCCAGCGCAACAUUCACCACGACCUGUACAUCCCGAAGAGCAACGAAGAGCUGUACGAAGAACUAGCGCAGAUGGACGAUGGAGCGGUGUUGUUUAGGCACAGUGACACGACUGGGGUUCUAAUGGCGUACUACAAGUACGGUCCUAGCGAGUUUCAAGAACGAGAGGUGAUUGCUGCAGACGGCACACGAACUGUCGCGAGAAACCGGGUUAUAGAUCCGCAUAUUAUGGAGAAAAAGUUGUUGAUAAUCAUGAUCAUCUUAGAACAAGUACUUGCUAGUUGUUGUCGAUAUUACGAAGUGGAAUAAAGCCAUGAAUAUUGAUUAUCUAUCAAAUAAACAAGUAGAACAAUGCGUAUGCGAUUUGUGUAUUUCUCAUGUACUUCCAUCUCUUUCUCUAAUCUGUCCGGUCGUCCGAGACAAGAUUUGCAGCAUUGGAUUAGGCCAAUUGAGAUCCGGGAAGAGUUCGACAAGGCGGCUGGCGCCGGCGGGCGCGGCGGCGUUUUAGGUGACCGUCUCCUAGUCCGCGUCGGCGGUCGGGACGUGUCUUUCUCAGACCUCGACGAGUUCUGCUCCAGGUAUGUGGAAGGGUUGAAAGAGAAGAUUUUGGACGCCAAGGAGCACAGAAAAUGGGACGGCCGGUGCAACGGAGCCUUGGGGCAGAGGCAGGCGGUCACUUUUAACGGCCAGCCUUUUCCCUCGAGCAAUACGGGACUCUUAGAAGCGAAUAAAGCGGAACUGAAAGCGAAAUGCAGGCACACACCAAAGGAGCAGCUCAAAGUAGAGACCAAGUUUCAGUGGGAUCAUAGGAAUCCAGGAAGACUGCUUCUUAUCUGGUGCUUAACGGGAGGAGGCUUUCAACCACAGGUACAACAUACAUGAAGAUAUGUAAUUCACACUCCUCAAGCUUACCAGUCAGCUAUGCAACAAGACAUCAACGACCAUGACAUACACCACGACGAGGUAGUAGAACAUGUACAACUAGUACAGACACCACGACAAGGUAGUAGAACAUGUACAACUAGUACAACAACAACUAGUAGUACUGAAGAUGCAUGACAACUACAGGCUUAGAACUAAAUAAUUUAGAUGACAAUCCAAAUCUAUCAGGUGAACACCGAACACAUCGAUGUGGACCAUGACGGUUUCCGAAUCUGGAAUAACCUGCUCUUGCACAACACCAAGGAUCCGGAGACCCGCAAAGAGAAGGAGGACGAAGACGACGACCCAAGGAUAUCUAGACAGGCAUUGAAGCCUUUCAAAACCCUAGAUAAGCUCUAUCGCUGGUUUGUCAAGGAAGGAUGGUCCAGGGAACGCAAGCUGAGUCAAAGAUGGAGAGCUUGGCUCAAACACGAGACAGAAGAAAAGGUGUUAUAGAUGCACAUUUGACUUUCUUGACUACUUCUGCUUGCAAGAGCAAGAUGAAAUUGUCUUGUUGUAGAUGGUCUAUUUUUUUCUAAUGAGCAUCUUCAAUGUCAUUGAUGUCAGCUUCUUUUAGUUACAACAACAACACAACAAGUUUAUAUUCAGGACCAGCACCCACUACCACCAGCACUCUCUAGUAGUAAAAAAAAUACAAAGAGAAAGAGUACCUGUUUCACCUUCUCACAUCAAUCACAAAUACAGCACGCGCAACUUGGUGUCCCCUCCGAAGUGGCAGGUUAUGGUCAUUGGAAGCAUGCUGACGUCAUCGCAAAGGAUGAGGAGAUGAAACGCAAGCAACUGCUCGAUUAUCACAAGUAUGCCGCUGCAGGUGCGCGUGGCUUGCACAAAGACGACAUGGUCGCGUUUGAUGCUGAGAUGCCUGAGCGCAGAUAUCAUGGAGAAAAUGGCAAUAUGCGAGCUCUCGGAUACGACGCGAAUGGUAUGCUGGAUGAGCCGCCUAGCAUGGGUUCGGACUUCUCCCACGGCUCCAGUCUGCAGCGUAGCACCGCAGGAGGCUACUUCCAGAACAGUAGAGGUUACGCAAAUGCCACGC